AUCUCCACAGUGUGCUUAGCUGUUCAAUCAUGGCUGUAAGUUUGUUGUUGGCUGAGCUUUUAGCACUUUGUGCUCUCUGUUUUGCUGUUCCUCAGUGGAGUAAUUUGCCCCAGAGUUCUCAAGCUCUGAUGCUUCAAAAUGCUAACCAGCAGGUUAAGCAGCCGGUUCAACAACAGCCAGCCAGCCAGAAGGUUCAGCAGCCAGUUCAACAACAGCCACCCAGCCAGUGGCUUCAGCAGCCAGUUCAACAGCAGCCACCCAGCCAGAAGGUUCAGCAGCCAGUGCAACCACAGCCACCCAGCCAGUGGGUUCAGCAGCCGGUUCAGCAACAGCCACCCAGCCAGUGGGUUCAGCAGCCGGUUCAGCAACAGCCACCCAGCCAGAAGGUUCAGCAGCCAGUGCAACAACAGCCACCCAGCCAGUGGCUUCAGCAGCCGGUUCAGCAACAGCCACCCAGCCAGUGGCUUCAGCAGCCGGUUCAGCAACAGCCACCCAGCCAGUGGCUUCAGCAGCCGGUUCAGCAACAGCCACCCAGCCAGUGGCUUCAGCAGCCGGUUCAGCAACAGCCACCCAGCCAGUGGCUUCAGCAGCCGGUUCAACAACAGCCACCUAACCAGCAGUUUCCACUUCAGAAGCCGGUGGCACAGACAGAGCCCAUUGAUAAGUGUACUGUAGCUGAUUAUGAUCAGAUCCCAUGUGGACAACCUGGGAUCAGUGGUGCUGAGUGUAACGCUAUCAACUGCUGCUUUGAUGGACAGCAGUGCUUCUAUGGAAGAGCAGUGACUGUCCAGUGUAUUCGAGAUGGUCAGUUUGUGGUAGUGGUGGCUAGAGAUGUUACUGUGCCUCAACUGAGUCUGGAUUCGGUUCGUCUGCUGGGUGGAAGUGACCCACCUUGCGCUCCUGUGGAUUCCACACCUUCCUUUGCUAUAUACCAGUUCCCUGUGACCGCAUGCGGCACGAGUAUGAUGGAUGACAGUGGAUAUGUGGUGUAUGAGAACAGAAUGACCUCCUCAUACGAAGUUGGCGUUGGACCACUUGGAUCCAUCACGAGGGACAGUCACUUUGAGCUUCUCUUUCAGUGCAGAUACUCUGGAACAUCUGUGGAAGCUCUGGUUGUGGAGGUCAAUUCUGUUCCUCCACCUCCACCAGUAGCUGCUCCUGGACCUCUCAGGGUGGAGCUCAGACUGGCCAAUGGCCAGUGUGUCACCAAGGGCUGUGCUGAAGGGGAUGAGGCCUACACGUCCUACUACAGUGACGCUGAUUAUCCCGUCACAAAAGUCCUGCGGGAGCCUGUGUAUGUUGAAGUGCACAUUAUGGAGAGGACUGACCCCAACAUUGUCCUGAUGCUGGGACAUUGCUGGGCGACCUCCACCUCCAGUCCACUCAGUCUGCCCCAGUGGGACCUUCUGAUUGAUGGAUGCCCUUACCAGGAUGACCGUUAUCUGACCACGCUGGUUCCAGUAACUGGAUCAUCUGGUGUGCAGUUCCCGACCCACUACAAGCGCUUUGUUGUGAAGAUGUUUACGUUUGUAGAUCCAACCUCACUGGCUCCACUGCAGGAAACGAUCUUCAUCCACUGCAGUACAGCGGUGUGCCAUCCGUCUUCUGGCUCUUGUGAGCAAAGCUGCACCAGGAAACGAAGAGACACCCGUGUCGAGGCUCUCGCUAGUCAGCAGACUGUGGUUUCUAGUGGAGAAGUUACUGUGGUCAUGUGAAUGUAGUAUUUAAUAAACUUUGGACCACAAA